CUAAAAACUGGAUACGAAACCAGUCUGCCCUUUUUGUUUGCCUUCUCGGUACGGUACGGUACGGUACCGUAGCCAGACUAAAGAACAGGAAGUAGGUGGAUUUGUGUAUCUCCGAAACCAGUAGAGGUGAUGAAUGUYCCAGAUUUUGAAACUAUCAAGACAACCAACUUCAUUGGCAUAGAAAUCCUUUCACUUGCAAACACCAAUGGUUUCUCUGCUCAAGGAAUUUCUACGAGCAAAGAGGGAAGUGGAGGAACGCAAGAAGCUGGAGAGAAYAGAGAACAAAAACAGGAGAACCAUGGUACCGAAAGCAAAUUUGAUCGCCUUUCGCCUCAUUUUGUUCGUGUUAUUCAUGGUUGCCAUCGUGCGACCGGGAUAUGCGCCGCCCAAAGGACCGAAACUCCCCGAAGGUGUAAGUAUCUGUAGUAAUGUAAUGUCACGWAGAUUGGAAACAAACUAGAAGCAUUCUUUGUUCUUGUUCUUUCCGUUUCGAAUSAGAUCAAGUCUCACUAUCGUUUUYCCCCUGACGCUGGAAUAUUGAUGUAUAAUAACAUCUUUURUUAUUAAGUUYUGUGAACAUGGUGAUGUGACUGAGACGACGGGAGAAUGCAUGUGCCACUGGCAGCAUAAGGUGCGUUCUGUUGUUUGUUUUGGUUCUGGUUGUUUUGUKUUGUGCCAUAGACGUCUGCUUCCUGCCCCAUCAUGCCAAUAUUUCGCAARAAUUAUAACCCAUGCCGUUUGUUUAUUAAUACGCGUCUCCAUAAAAUGCAAAAACGCGKGGUUUUUCCGAACMAUUCGGAUUGGCACAGGACGGAUGCACCGGUUCGAAGUGCGAAUAUCAAAUGGGACUCUCCUUUUAUCAUUACUCCUGUAAGGAUUGCAAGUGUGUAAAAGAGCCCUAACCGAAUAAAGAUUGCGUCUUCWAACAAAGGCAAAUAACGACAAAUUGGAAACCAAAUUAUCGGUGGCGAAAAUCGCGGAUGGUUUGYAUUCGUUCUUGAAUUUUGUAUUGAGUGAACGCAGAUAACAGAAGGCACUAACAUGCGAGCAAACAUGCAUUACGAACRAUAGUAAUGGUGUAAAAGACACAUUUUUUGUCAUCAAUUUUUUGCAGUGACGGCACAAUGAUGUACAAACCAGAAGACAAGGGUUGCUGUUUGUACCCAACGAGUUACAAAAUCAACUCGCUUGAAUGAACAGUAAUCCAACACYAAUAAAUUAUACUAAAAAAC